AAACGCCUCCGUCACCGAUUUCGGUGACCAAGAGAACGCGUGAGUAUAUAAAAGGUGACGUAGAGGUACCAUUUGCAUAUCUAUAUAUAUAUAUGGACCUAAGUAUCCUCGACGUCACCAUACAUAAACAGUACCUUUUGGUCACCAGGCUUUUAAAUGCCUCCGGAGGUGUAUUUACUUCAUAUUCGUAACCAGCACAGUUGUAAUAGUGCUUAUACUCUUUUCCCCACUUGAUUUACAUGCUUUAAGCUUAUACAAAAAAAAUUUACGAGAAUGGUACCAAUUUGCCUCCGAUUAUAAACUGAUCUCUUCCGUGACCUUGUGUAUUUAAAAAGAUAUUGACUAUACCAAAUUGUCACCUGCUGCCUUGCCUAAUAGAUUGCAACUGCGCUGGCUACGAAUACGAAAAUAUAACACAACUGGAAGCAUUUAAAAAGCGGUGACCAAUAGGUACUGUUUAUAUACGGUGACGUCGAGACGAGCAUUUCAAAGCAGCCCGGACCUCAAUUAGCAUCGCGCUUUGCGCAUGCGCGUGGACUUGCCAUAAUAUUAUUAUCCUCCUGCAUGCGUCUAUUUUCGUAUUUUCAACUAUUUUUCAUCUUCGAUAAUCCUUUUUUUGCAAGAUGUUUUUAAAAUGUAAGUAUUUUUUUAUUUUUCUCGUCUUUUUCUAUUUUGUAUACCUUAUAACACCAUAUGAAUGUUUCGUUAGGCCGGUGUUAAUCUGUUCCGUAUGUUGUAAAUCAUUCGCCCAUCAUAGCAGCUUAAGUCGUCACAAGAAAAAGGCGCAUCGAACGGAAAUCGAAAAUGAGAAGAAAACGUUUAUUUGUGACCAUUGUGGAUUCGAAUGUUCCAACAAAAAAAUCCUCAUUCGACACAUGAAGGAUAAUCAUUUACCUAAACCUAAACAGAAAAAACCUGUACCUGGAUGUAGAUUAAAAUGUCCGAAUUGUGAUACUCAUCUUACAAGCUAUGCACUACUAGAUCAACAUUUAACUAACGUUCACGAAAUCGAUAUUGAAGAAAAACAAUUAGAAUUUGAGAAUGAAGGAGAAUUUUGUAUCUGGAAAAGGAACAUCGAAAAAUUGUGUAAUACUCAGUAUGUCGCAGAAAGAGGUUUACGCAAGUACAAAACAAAAACUUACUCUCAGCGUGAAUUCGUAUGUCAGCGUUCAUAUAACGCUAAUUUGAAAUCAGUUGAUCGGAGAAGAUCGAUUAAAAGUUUGGGUUCAAACAAGAUGAAUUCGUGCUGCCCAUCAAGAAUGAUCGUAAAAAUGAGCGAGAAAAUUUCUGUUAAAUUUAUUAGUGAACAUGUUGGACACGCUGCUGAAAUAAUUAGAAUGCGAAUACCUUCUGAUCAACGCGAUGAAAUUGCAGGUAUGAAUUGAGUACCUAUAUAAUUUUGUGAUUGUUGAUUCGUUCUACUGCUACAGUCUCUAUUAACCUGCUUUUAAAUGUUAUAGGAAAAUUAAAAGAUGGUGUUACAAUUCAGCGCGUGUUAGAUGAUAUACGAGACUCUGGUAACUCUAAUAACUUCCAAAGAAUGCAUUAUUUGCAGAAGAUGGACGUGCAUAAUAUAAUCAGAGACUACAACAUUACUUACUCCACUCGUUUUCACAAAGAUGAUGUUGUAAGUGUGGAGAUGCUCGUAGAGACGCUUCGGAAACAGGAAGAUUCUCCUCUAUUACACUAUAAUUCGAUUUAUGAAAACUUCAGCUUGGUUUUAAUGACUCGAUUCCAGAAGUUAAUGUUGAUAGAACAUUCUAAAAAAAUCUGUGUUGAUGGGACACAUGGCCUUAACGCCUACGGAUAUCAGCUGGUAACAGUUCUCGUAAUUGACGAAUUUAAUAAUGGUGUACCUGUAGCGUUUUGCUUCUCGAAAAAGACCGAUUUUGACGCGAUGUAUUUAUUUUUCGAUAAAGUGAAGAAUGCUGUCGGAUUUCCAAUUAAAAGCGAUAUAUUCAUGUCAGAUGAUGCUCCGCAGUUUUUCGAUGCAUGGGCGGCAGUAAUGGGAAAACCAGCUCAUAAGUUAUUGUGUUGGUGGCACAUAAACAAGAACUGGACUUCGAUGUUGAAUACUAAGAUAGACAAUAAACAUAAAGAAAAACGAAAAUACGUGAAGGAUGCAUUGUAUUCUUUAGCCACUUCGUUGAUAGAUACCAAAGAAUUCGAUUCCCGAUUAUCUGUAUUCUUGAAAACACUCGAAGAAGAUGAAGAUACUCGACAGUUUUACCAAUAUUUCAAAACGUAUUAUGUUCCUAAAAAGUCCAGCUGGGCAUUUUGCUACCGCCAACAUCUCGGCUUGAACGUUAAUAUGCAUUUAGAAGCAUUGCACAAGAAAAUCAAGUAUCAAUACUUGAAUGGAAAUCACGUUAUCCGGUUGGAUAAAUCGAUUGACGCGUUGUUGAGGUUAAUCAGAGACCUGAUGUACGAACGAAUCAUCAAAAUAGCCAAGGAGAAACCAUCUGCUAAAAUGUUGAAGAUUAGACACGCGCAUGAAAAAGGUUUGAAAAUUCCUAAGGAACAUGUCCAAUGUUUAGAAUCUCAAUUAUGGAAAGUGAAGUCGCAGACACGUGAUGGAUUAGUGUACGAAGUAAAACAAGUGUCUGAAAUGUGUGAUGAUGUAAAUUUAUGCGUUUUACGGUGCUCAGAAUGUAAUGUGUGCAUUCACACGUUCAAAUGUUCAUGUAUAGACAGUUUUAUUUACGAUAAUCUUUGCAAGCAUAUCCAUACAGUGGCUAAAGACAUCAAAAUUAGCGAUGAAGAACAAGAACUAAGUAGACGCAACUGUAGUAACGAAGAAAUAGAAAAGACUAUUGACAUGCUACGUACUCCUUUCAAUGAGGAAGACAAAUACGAAAAAAUUAGAAUCGAAGUGCAAUCCAAACUCCGUCUUGCAUUAACUUGGUCGAAGGAUUUGCCUGGGGAAUAUUUGGAAAAUUUGUCUAAAACUCUCGAUACUGCGUUCCAAAAAUUUGGAUUCAGCCGAAAAGGAGAGAAGAAAGAAAACAAAGGACUGCCUGCAGCAAAUAAAAAAUUAUCUCCUCAACGGAAAAUUGCGCAGUGGCCAAAAAAAACUACCAAAAAACGUAUUCCCCUGAUGGAAAGACCGUCAAAUAGUGGAAAUGAGUGUGCCUUGGCUCUUUUAACUGGUGCUGAAAUACCAAAUAUUAUUGGAACACAAGAUUUUCACUCAUACUUUUGAAGUUGAAUCUUGAUCUCGCCUCGAAAAGUUGGCUUUUUUAAUACGUACCAAAGUAUUUUUAUACGUUUUUGUUAUUAUAAAAUUAAUUUUCAUUACCUACGAAGUUAGUCUUGUAGUUUUUCUAUUAUUAUCAAUUUAUUUCUAAGUGUUUUCUCCUAUUCUUAUAUUUUGA